GAUGCUGGCGGCGGUGCGUCGCCAAUACGCGGCGCGGAGGUGGAGCCGCAUGCGAGCGUGUGCCCGCCCGCGUGGCGUCCACUCCCCCUCCACGUUUCGGCGUCCUCUUCGCCUUCCCGGGAAUCUCCUCCAGCUACUACUGCCCCUCCCCUUCGCUUCGCUCCCUGGACUUCCCCCGAGCACUGCUACUAGUAGUGCCAGCAUCCCUUCAGGUCUCUCCACCAAGCGCAGACCCGCAGCAGCAGCACGAACUGGUGAUCUCCGCCGCGUCCAGCCUCCUCCUCCGGUGAUCGGCGGACGGGCGGGGUUGGAACCAGCCGAGCGCAGCCCACCUCCUUCCGCUGCUGCAGAUUCUCGAUGGACAUGGAUGGGGUUCUGCAAGCCGCGGAUGCCAAGGACUGGGUAUACAGAGGGGAGGGCGCCGCGAAUCUCAUCCUCAGCUACACCGGCUCGUCCCCUUCCAUGCUUGGCAAGGUACUGCGGGUCAAGAAGAUUUUAAACGACAAGUCGCAGCAGGCACCAAGUUGUAUGGUCUUCUCAAGUCAUGAGCAACUCCUGUGGGGCCAUAUCCCAGAAUUGAUCGAGUCUGUCAAACAAGAUUGCUUGGCUCAAGCCUAUGCAGUGCAUGUUAUGAGCCAACAUCUGGGUGCCAAUCAUGUCGAUGGUGGGGUUCGUGUACGUGUUUCUAGAGAUUUUCUGGAGCUUGUUGAAAAGAAUGUUCUUAGCAGCCGUCCUGCUUGGAGAGUAAAUGCAAGUUCAAUUGAUAACACUGCUGAUGCCGCUCUUCUAAUACCAGACCACUCUUUAUUUUCUGGUAAUCCUAAGGGUAGCAGCUGCAUAGCUGUAGAGAUAAAGGCCAAAUGUGGGUUUCUGCCAUCAUCAGAAUAUAUAUCAGAAGAUAAUUCUAUCAAGAAACAAGUAACGAGAUAUAAGAUGCAUCAGCACCUCAAAUUUCAUCAGGGUGAGAUAUCGAAGACCAGUGAAUACAAUCCUCUAGAUCUAUUUGCUGAGUCAAAAGAAAGAAUACGCAUGGCCAUCAAGUCAUUUUUCUCAACUCCUCAGAACAACUUCAGGAUUUUUGUGAAUGGAUCUUUAGCUUUUGGUGGCAUGGGAGGUGGUGCAGAUAACGUUCAUCCUGCUGACACCCAGAAGUGUAUUGAAGAUCUCAGCAAGGUUAGUGGCCUAGACCUCCCUGACUUCACUGAGCUCCUGUCAGAGACAAUUUUCAAAUCUGGGGUAUUAGGCAAACUGUUGACCACUCAAAAGCUGGACGAUCAUGACAUUGAAGGGGCAAUUCAUCUGUACUACAACAUAAUUUCUCAGCCUUGUUUGGUCUGCAAAAACCUAACUGAUGUAGAGCUACUGCGGAAGUACACUCUCUUGCAUUCUCUUCCAUUGGACAAGAGCCUGAAGAUUGUUAGGGACUUUCUCAUUUCUGCUACUGCAAAGGACUGUAGCCUGAUGAUCAGCUUUCGGCCAAGAGAGAAUGGAAGUACAGAUUCUGAGUAUGAUUCAGUGUUUCUUGAAUCAGUGAAGCGAACCUAUGAGUACAAGGCAUAUUUCGUUGAUCUGGAUGUGAAACCUCUGGUUAAGAUGGAACAUUAUUUUAAACUGGAUCAGAAGAUAGUCAAUUUCUACACAAGAAAUGGGGAGGUCGUGGCAUCUCCGAAGGGCAGUAAGAGUAAAGAAACUUCGCCGAUUCAGCUCCAACAAUGAGGAGCCUCUCUUCCGAUAUAGGUCUGGAGAAGGGUGCAUCAGGGAGUGUUGGUUGUUGUUCCUGCUGCCUGCUGCUGUUGUUGUAACUUCGUGAGUACAGUCCCAAGGUUGGGAGGCUUGGUCCUUACCCUUGGAAAGGGUACAGGGAGCUGUGUUGUUCGUCGUCGCUGUUGUAACUCUACUUGUGCAUACACCGUGGCUUGUCACAGCAAUUUCCGAAGAUGUCCAAUAUUGUUGAGAUAACUGAACUGCUUACCGUGGCAACCACUCACUGUAACAUCAAGUUGAAAUGAGGGCUGAAGUUUCCCUCGAGGCUACCAUAUGUGAUAUGUCCUGUGUACCACUUAAGUGUGCCUGUGUCAUGUGUGAUGUAUCUCAAUUUGCUAUUGCAGAAAUGUUUGGUGAAACUUUCAUCCUCUCAUGCUUUGAGCAAAGCGAACCUAACUCCUUUGAAUCA